UCCCGGGCUGGGUGUUGCGGCAGGCGCCAUCUUCUCGCGCUCUCUGGCUCGGGUGUCGCCAUGUUGGUGAGGAGCCAUCGCCGUUACGGCCACUGUGCAAACCCCCGCGUCGCUACUCGGCGCCGCCCGCUCGCUCCCACGCCUCAGCCUCCGACGGCGAAUAGAGACUAGAGCGGCAGCGCGAGCCGUGCGCGGUGUGUGCCGUCAGAGCCGCAUCUCUGGCGUGCUUGUUAAUAGACUGGAAAGUCUGUGUGUGUCGCUCACUAGUAACCGUGAGUUUUUACCACGUCGUCACCGUCGGCGGCGGCCGGGAGCAGGUGCCCGCAGGCGGCGCAGGGGUCCCCUCGCGCCCCGCCGCCGCCGGCCUGCAGACCUGCCCUCCACCCCGCCCCGUUCUUGACCAAACAUGACAGACUCUGAACAUGCAGGGCACGACAGAGAAGUUUAACUGAGGAAGAAAGACCCACCCCAAGUAUGGAUAGUGCCAUCUCAUAUGCUUGGGGCUCAGGUGAAUAAAAGAGAAGACAGAAAAUUCAGACAAGCACUGGCAUUCCUGUUUCUCUGCUUCCUGGUUGGCACCACAGGCUAAGCUGCUCCUGCCCUGUCCGUUGACACCAUGAUGGACUACAUUCCUCUGAACCCUGAGCCACGAGAAGAUGGUGAAUUAGAAGAUGGUGAAAUAGAUGAUGCAGGAUUUGAAGAAACUCAACCAGAUCAGGAAUCAAAAGAGAAUGAAAAGCAGAAAAGUGAAAAAGCCUACAAAAAAUCAAGAAAAAAACACAAGAAAGAAAGAGAAAAGAAAAAAUCCAAAAGGAGAAAGCAUGAGAAGCACAAACAUAACUCUCCAUCUGGUGAAGAUAAUUCAGACCACAGCCUUGAUUCAGAUGUCGAACAUACAGAAAGUUCCUAUAAAAGAAGAACUAGUUUCUACAGGGAUUAUGACAUUCCAUUUUCUCAGCAUGGACAUUUGUCAGGAAGCUAUCUGACGUCAAAGAAGAGUCAACAUCACAAAAAAUUUAAAAGUAAAGACUAUGAUGAGUACAGUACCUACAGUGAUGACAACUUUGGAAACUACAGCCAGGAAACAGAUGAAGACUUUUCCAGUCAGCUGAAGCACUACAGACAAUCUAAAGAGUCCUCAACUGGUAAUUCAUCAUUUUCUAAAGAAUCAGGGAAAAAACAGAGAAGUCAGCAGGGUACUGAAUAUCGGGUUAAAAGUUUUACUAUUAGUCGUGGACGUGGUUUCCUGAAGAAAAUCAAACGAAAAGACCAUCGUGGGGCAAGAAUCAAAGAGCCUGAUGUCUUUUCAGGAAUGGAUGACUUUCCAGAGUACAGUAAACCAGGAAAAAAGUGGAAAGUUAUGACUCAGGAGUUUAUUAACCAACACACAGUGGAACACAAAGGAAAACAAAUCUGUAAAUACUUCCUGGAAGGGAGGUGUAUUAAGGGAGAUCAUUGUAAAUUUGAUCAUGAUGCAGAGUUGGAGAAGAAAAAGGAGAUCUGCAAAUUUUAUUUACAGGGAUAUUGUACCAAAGGAGAGCACUGCAUUUAUAUGCAUAAUGAAUUUCCAUGUAAGUUCUAUCAUAGUGGAGCAAAGUGUUAUCAAGGAGACAACUGUAAAUUUUCCCACGAUGAUCUGACUAAAGAAACAAAAAAACUUCUUGACAAAGUGUUGAAUGCUGAUGAAGAACUUACAAAUGAAGAUGAAAGAGAAGUGGAAGAGCUUAGAAAGCAUGGCAUAGCUCCCCUCCCCAAGCCACCUCCAGGAGUCGGGCUUCUGCCAACCCCAUCAGAGCAUUUUCCCUGUUCUGAUCCUGAAGAUGAUUUUGAGACUGAUCUCUCUGAUGAUUUCAAGAAAAUUCCAUCUCUUUUUGAAAUAGUUGUAAAACCUACUGUGGAUUUAGCACAUAAAAUUGGGAAGAAAUCACCAGCAUUUUAUGACAGUGCCUCACCACCAGGACCACAGUUUCAGGAAAACAAUCCAUGUCCACAACAUGUAUACAGUUCUGAGUCAAGUCCAGUUCCUGGACCUAAUGUGUCUCAGGGAUGUGAUAGUCCGGCGAGGCACUCAGGCUCCCCUGGACAUAACCCAUGUGCAGGAACUUCUGGUCUGCCAAUGCAACACAGCCCACCUUUGCCACCUGGUCCACUGGAAAUUGUAAGCCCUCACAGUCAAGCAGGAGGACUUGUUCAGCCAGAUACACCACUGAGUAUGGGUGGAGCUUAUCAUUCCCCAGGCUAUCCAGGACAUGUGAUGAAAGUUCCUAGAGAGAGUCACUGCUCUCCAGGUUCAUCCUACCAGCAAAUGCCUGGUGAAGUGCAGCUCAAUACCAGCUAUGAGUCCCUGCAAAACCCAGCUGACUUUUAUGAUGAAUUCUACUUACAGCAAGCUGUUCAGAAUUUUCAGCCAUCGAGUAAUUGUGGAGAUGAGGUAUGGCAUGAAGAGUUUGCACAGCAGCCGCCUCCCAUUGUUCAGGACUCACCUGGCCUUGGGAGCGGGCCAGAUACCAGCAGCAUGAUCGGCCACUGCCCUCUGCCUGCUACAGGCCUCCUUCCUGCAGUGCAGAGAGCUCUUUUUGCUCGACUGACUCAGAGAUACCAAGAGAACGAAGAACCAGCUGGCUUGCAGCCCCAUAGAACACCUAGCAAAGAAGAAGAUGAUGCAGUUAACUGGUAUUCCAGUAGUGAAGAGGAAGAAGGAAGUAGUGUCAGGUCAAUACUGAAAACGUUACAGAAACAAACAGGGACUUUAAGGAAUCAGCAGCAACCUCCCACAGAGCUCAGCAUUCCUACAGAUCCAAGACUUGCUAAAGAGAAGAGCAAAGGAAAUCAAGUGGUUGACCCAAGACUUCGAACUAUCCCAAGGCAAGACAUUAGAAAGUCUUCUGAGUCUGUCCCAAUGGAUCUUAGACUUGUGUGGGAUCCCAGGAAAUCAAGAGGGAAUGGAAGUGGUCAUGGAGGCUCUUCAGCUGGUGGGGUAAAGUUUGGUUUACAUCAUGCAAAUGCUGGUGCAAAUCUCAAACACAAAAGAGAUGAUGAUGAUGAAGAUACAGAAAGAGAACUGAGAGAAAAAGCUUUCUUAAUACCUUUGGAUUCUUUACCUGGUGUAGUGCUCCAGGAUCCAAGGUCACAAUUAAGACAGUUUAGUCACAUUAAAAUGGACAUUAUACUAACUAAACCUAACUUUGCAAAACACAUUGUGUGGGCACCAGAAGACUUACUUCCAGUACCUUUACCUAAGCCUGAUCCAGUAUCUUCAAUCAAUUUACCUCUGCCCCCUCUUAUAGCUGACCAGAGGCUCAAUAGGUUAUGGAAUACAAAAAGUGAUCAUCAGAGUACCCUGUCUCUUGAUACAAAAUUAGCAGUCAAAGCCAAAAUAAAUCCAACAAACAGAGAUGGGUAUUUAGAACAAUUUGGAGAGUUACAUAGUUCAGGAGGUAAAUUAGGAGAUCCUAGGCUGCAAAAGAAUUUUGACCCCCGGCUUCAUAGAGUACCCAGUACAGAGUCUAAUCAGGUAGGAAUGAAAGAGUCACAUACAUCAAAGACUGUCCCUCAUUUAGCCAGAUGCAAUCCUCCUUCGUCACAUCCCUCAACGGCAGUCCCUAGCAAUGCUGAUCCUGGGACUCUGCCCCCAUAUGUCCCUAAACUCUCUUCUUCAGCUGGCCUUCCACUGGGAACUCCAAGUUCAGUUCUCAGUGGCAUUAGUUUGUAUGAUCCUAGGGAGAAAGGUUCAUUGUCGGCAUCAGAACUAGCAACUGUUUCUUUAGGAGAAAAUGCAGAGAACCAGAAAAAAAGUGGUUUAAAAAAUAGCGAGAAAAAUGAAGCUUCUCCUGGAGAAGUAAUCCUACCACAGAAAACCGCUCCAAACACUGAAGUCCCUGUCGAUAUGCCAGCUGACACGCAGGCAGAUGUUCUCAGGACUUCCAGUAAGGUUCCAGUCCCAGCAGUGCACAGUCUUCCUGUUCAGGGCUUAACAGGCUUAAUCAGACCUCCGUACAGUGAUCCAAGACAGGCUAGGCAGCCGGGACAGGAGAGCCCAACCCCAGAUGAUGACCCCAGUGAAGAAACAGAUGACAAAUCUCUGAAAGAGGUUUUUAAAACUUUUGAUCCAACCGCUUCCCCAUUUUGUUAGCUGUUGUGAGUUCCGCAGUUCUCACCCUUGUGAGACAGCAGUGUUUCUGCUUUGUAACGGGUUUACCUCCAUAGCUUAUUUAUUUUUAAAUUAUAAACAUUUUUCAGCUGCUAGUAUCAGAACUACACGAAAUUAUGCCCUCUAAAGCCUGUGGUAUUUUAUAUAAUAUUUUUAUAACUUUAAAGGACCGUAGUAUAGAAAUCCAUAUCAUGUUAGCCUCAGUAAAGUACUUUUAUUGUAAAUAAACUAUUAUGAACUCAGCACUCUGCCUGAAUAUAUGCCAGUUGUCUUUCAUAAUCAAUGUUUAGAUGAUUACCACUUUUAUAUGGUUGUUUAGUUUCAAGCAAUAUGAUAUAUAUAUAACUUUUGAGAAUCAGUAUUUUAACUAGGACCCUCUCUAUUUGUUAGCACAGAACUGAUUAGCCUGAAACACCAACUAAAAUAAAGUGAAAUUUUAAAACA